UUAGACGUCGGGCGAGCCGGGGCGGCGGAACUGACGCCAUCAGGCUUCCGGGGGCGGCCCCCAGGGAGGUCGGCGGCGGCGCCGCAGUCGUGGAGAGGCAGUGGGAGCGUAAGCGGGCGCGGGCGACGCAAGUUCCGCACGGAGCUGUCCUCUUCUCGCCUCACGCUUCUUCCUCUCUCCUAGUCGCGUGCUGCCUCCCCACGGCCGCUCUUCCUGACGAGAGCCUUAGGAGUGCGGUUGCUGAGAAGCCGUCGCCACCCCGCCUCGGGGCCGAGUGAGGGUUCUGUCGCGCCGCUUCGCCCCCCUGCGCCGACUCCUUGCCCUCAGUGGCGGGCGCCCUUCUCGCUCGAAGCACUGCCCCCAGCUCCAUGAAUGGAAAUCGGCUCCGCAGGACCCGUUGGGGCCCAGCCCCUACUCAUGGUGCCCAGAAGACCUGGCUAUGGCACCAUGGGCAAACCCAUUAAAUUGCUGGCUAACUGUUUUCAAGUUGAAAUCCCAAAGAUUGAUGUCUACCUCUAUGAGGUAGAUAUUAAACCAGACAAGUGUCCUAGGAGAGUGAACAGUCUGUGCACCAGAGCAUGAUGGAGUCAAAAGUCUUGGUACCAGAAUGUAGGAAGUGGUGGUUGAGGGAGGUGGUUGACUCAAUGGUUCAGCAUUUUAAAGUAACUAUAUUUGGGGACCGUAGACCAGUUUAUGAUGGAAAAAGAAGCCUUUACACAGCCAAUCCACUUCCUGUGGCCACUACUGGGGUAGAUUUAGAUGUUACUUUACCUGGGGAAGGCGGAAAAGAUCGACCUUUCAAAGUAUCAAUCAAAUUUGUCUCUCGAGUGAGUUGGCACCUACUACAUGAAGUACUGACAGGACGGACCUUACCGGAGCCACUGGAAUUAGACAAGCCAAUCAGCACUAAUCCUGUUCAUGCCGUUGAUGUGGUGCUACGACAUCUGCCCUCCAUGAAAUAUACACCUGUGGGACGUUCCUUUUUCUCAGCUCCAGAAGGAUAUGACCACCCUCUGGGAGGGGGCAGGGAAGUUUGGUUCGGAUUCCAUCAAUCCGUUCGGCCGGCCAUGUGGAAAAUGAUGCUUAAUAUUGAUGAAAGAGACCUCUGGCAGCAGUGUGGAGAAUAGAUAGAGGAGAAAAAACUAAUCUGAGAAGCCAGUUAGGAGGCUUUUUCAAUCACUAGUUCAGUUUCUGCCACUGCCUUCUACAAAGCACAACCUGUAAUUCAGUUCAUGUGUGAAGUUCUUGACAUUCAUAAUAUUGAUGAGCAACCAAGACCUCUGACUGAUUCUCAUCGGGUAAAAUUCACCAAAGAGAUAAAAGGUCUGAAGGUUGAAGUGACUCAUUGUGGAACAAUGAGACGGAAAUACCGUGUUUGUAAUGUAACAAGAAGGCCUGCCAGUCAUCAAACCUUUCCUUUACAGUUAGAAAAUGGCCAAACUGUGGAGAGAACAGUAGCACAGUAUUUCAGAGAAAAGUAUACUCUUCAGCUGAAGUACCCACACCUUCCGUGUCUACAAGUGGGGCAGGAACAGAAACAUACCUAUCUGCCACUAGAAGUCUGCAAUAUUGUGGCAGGGCAACGAUGUAUCAAGAAGCUAACAGACAAUCAGACCUCCACAAUGAUCAAAGCAACAGCAAGAUCUGCGCCAGAUAGACAAGAGGAAAUUAGCAGAUUGGUAAGAAGUGCAAAUUAUGAAACAGAUCCAUUUGUUCAGGAGUUUCAAUUUAAAGUUCGGGAUGAAAUGGCCCAUGUAACCGGACGUGUACUUCCAGCGCCUAUGCUCCAGUAUGGAGGCCGGAAUCGGACAGUAGCAACACCAAGCCACGGAGUAUGGGACAUGCGAGGGAAACAAUUCCACACAGGAGUUGAAAUCAAAAUGUGGGCUAUAGCUUGUUUUGCCACACAGAGGCAGUGCAGAGAAGAAAUAUUGAAGGGUUUCACGGACCAGCUGCGUAAGAUUUCUAAAGAUGCAGGGAUGCCUAUCCAGGGCCAGCCUUGCUUCUGCAAGUAUGCACAGGGGGCAGACAGUGUGGAGCCCAUGUUCCGGCAUCUCAAGAACACUUACUCUGGGCUGCAGCUCAUUAUUGUCAUCCUGCCAGGGAAGACGCCAGUGUAUGCGGAGGUGAAACGUGUCGGAGAUACACUUUUGGGUAUGGCUACGCAGUGUGUUCAAGUCAAGAAUGUAAUAAAAACAUCCCCUCAAACGCUCUCAAACCUGUGCCUAAAGAUAAAUGUUAAACUCGGAGGGAUCAAUAAUAUUCUUGUACCUCAUCAAAGACCAUCUGUGUUCCAGCAACCAGUGAUCUUUUUGGGAGCAGACGUCACUCAUCCACCAGCUGGUGAUGGGAAGAAGCCUUCAAUUGCUGCUGUUGUAGGUAGUAUGGAUGCCCACCCAAGCAGAUACUGUGCUACAGUAAGAGUUCAGAGACCCCGACAGGAGAUCAUCCAGGACCUUGCCUCCAUGGUCCGAGAACUUCUCAUUCAGUUUUAUAAGUCAACUCGGUUCAAACCUACUCGUAUCAUCUUCUAUCGGGAUGGUGUUUCAGAGGGGCAGUUUAGGCAGGUAUUAUAUUAUGAACUGCUAGCAAUUCGAGAAGCCUGCAUCAGUUUGGAGAAAGACUAUCAACCUGGAAUAACUUACAUUGUAGUUCAGAAGAGACAUCACACUCGAUUAUUUUGUGCUGAUAGGACUGAAAGGGUCGGAAGAAGUGGCAAUAUCCCAGCUGGAACAACAGUUGAUACAGACAUUACACACCCAUAUGAGUUUGAUUUUUACCUCUGUAGCCAUGCUGGAAUACAGGGUACCAGCCGUCCUUCACACUAUCAUGUUUUAUGGGAUGAUAACUGCUUUACUGCAGAUGAACUUCAGCUGCUAACUUACCAGCUCUGCCACACCUAUGUGCGGUGUACACGAUCCGUUUCUAUACCUGCACCAGCGUAUUAUGCUCACCUGGUGGCAUUUAGAGCCAGAUAUCAUCUCGUGGACAAAGAACAUGACAGUGCUGAAGGAAGUCACGUUUCAGGACAGAGCAAUGGACGAGAUCCUCAAGCUCUUGCCAAGGCUGUACAGAUUCACCAAGAUACCUUACGCACAAUGUACUUUGCUUAAAAAGUUGAAGGAUAUUCUCUGAGAGGAAGAACUGGAAGAUGAAUCGACAUACAGUGUAUGCUUCCAGUGGAGUCAGUUGAGUGGGGAAUGCCUCCAGCCAUACAGAAACCAACACUGUGUGGGGGCCAGGGUCUGAUCUAUAUGUUGAUACAAGGAAGAUCGUUUACUUCAUCAAGGAACACAGCACCAUUAUGCAAUAUGAAACCAGCCAACUGCUUUUUUGUGCGGUCUCCUGUAGGAAGUAUCGCAAUUGUUUCGUUUUCACUUUCUUGUAGUCUAACCCUUUUAAUGCCUUUACCUCAAGUUGCUUGGCAGCACAACUCUUUGCAAAAAAAAAAAAAAAAAGGUAAAGAAAAAGUAAAUGAUGAUUUAAAAAAAAAAUACCGAUAUGAAUAAUCAAAGUGAUUGUUCACAAUUAUGUGUGCAAAAAAAUUAAUGUGCAUUCGUGUAUUCUUAUAAAAGAUAUCUGUAUAUUUUACAUAUAUACAUGUAUACUGCAUAUGCAUAUAUAUCUGGAUC